AUGGAUUCCUCUUCAAUUUACGGACCUAAAAAUAUAAACAAUAAAUUAGUAAAUAACGAUUUCCGACCAAGUACUGAGGAUGUUGAAAGAAUUUCUUCGAAAGUUAUUCGCCCAGAACAGUGGUCACCGUGGAAAAGCUUUGGUAAGCUUAUGGAUGAAGCAAUUCUAGAAAUGGGUUGGCAAGAAAGAUACUCAAUAUUACGUGAUGUUGUUUCUGAGUACGGAAAGGAAAAAAACGGGUAUUUAACAUUGAAUGAGUUUUUGAAUAUAUUAAUUGAUAAUCCCAUCACAGACGAGCAAUAUAGAAGUAUAUUUUAUAAUCUUAUGGAUCGAAACCAAGAUGGUCUUGUAAGCGAAGUUGAAUUUACAUCUGGAAUGUUAAGUUUAAGUCCUCUGGCAAAAAAUGAUCCCAAAACUAGUAUUGGACAGCUUAGAUUACAAUUUAUAUUCCUUUAUUAUGAUACAGAUAGAAAUGGGCUUUUAAACUUAAAUGAACUAAAGAGAAUGAUUAUUCACAUCUCCUCCAUCCGUUCACUAGCUAGAAAAACAAUGUCUAUGAGUGAAUCGAAGGCAAGAGAAUAUGCCAUUCAUUUAAUUGCUCAUUAUGAUGGGGUGUUUGGGUUUAAUGCAUUUUACAAUUCGGUAAAAAACAACAUUUUAAAAGGAACAGGUUGGCUUUUGCGAACUCACCUAGACUUGGUAGACUUUAUAAACGGCAAUAUUAACGGUGAAUAUGAUUCAUUUAAUGAUCACAACAAGUAUCAUUCAUUUACAUCAGAUUUUUCUUUGAAAAACUGUCUCCAAAAUACCUUAAGCCCUAAUUUGAAUAAACAACUCUACUCUAAAGAGUCAGGUGGAAUAAAAUUGGUCUCUAAAUUUCUAGGGCAAACUAAUACAAAUAGUGGGCUUAGUCAAGUUUUAUUCAACGCUGAUAAAAACCAAAAAGAAAUAAAACUGAAUUCUAUGGGUAUUUUGGAUUUAUUUCCCUAUAAUUUUCAAAAUCAAGCACUUCAUUCUUUGGAACAACGAGUAAUAGAGUAUUAUAUGAAUAUUUUAACAAACUUUGAAAAUAAUUCUGAUAUCGAAGAAAAAAUGUACAUAAACAACGUAUUAAGUUAUUCCGAAAUAAUGGAUUUGUGCGAUCGACUCGUACAAAUUAUAAGGAAUGAGAAUAGUUUAGUUAGAAUAAAAGCAAAUAAUUCGGUCAGAAUUUUUGGAGGUAUUCAUGGACAGUUAAUUGAUCUAUUGUAUUUUUUUGAACAUUUCUCAUGGCCUCACUUUCAUAGGGGAGAUAUAUUAUCGAUGAAAUAUGUAUUUUUGGGGGACUAUGUAGAUGGAGGAAAGUUUUCGUUAGAGGUAAUAUCUAUAUUAUUUUCUUUAAAAAUCAUGUUUCCUGAUAAAAUAUUUUUGUUGAGAGGCAACCAUGAAGAUUCAUCAAUUAAUUCUACGUUUGGCUUUCACUUGGAAUGUAAACAAAAGUUUGGAGUAAAUGGGGAAGCAGUUUGGGAAAGGAUUAAUGAUGCUUUCGAGUUUUUGUCCAUUUCUGCACUUAUUGACCAUCAAGUAUUAUGCUUGCACUCAGGUAUCGGUAAAAGUAUCAAAAAUAUUGAACACAUUUCUGAUGUUCCCAAACCAAUCCAUGUAAAAUCAGAAGAGUUAUUAAAUAAAAAUAACUAUUGCAAUAGAUUAUCCGUGAGUGACAGACGUGUAUUUGACUGCCUUUGGUCAGGAAUCAUUGAAAAAAGCAAUUUUGACGACUCUCAUAAUCAUUUAAAUGAAGCUGAUGUAAGAAAUACGAGAGAUGCCGAUAUUUUUGAACAAAAUACUUGCUGUUUCGAUUCUUAUGAUAUUGAAGAUUUUAUGAAUAAGAACUCAAUUAAGCUUAUUAUAAGAACAAACGAUUAUUGUAAAGGGGGGUAUGGUUACAAUGCAAAUGGUAGAGUUGUUUCCUUAACUUCCGCAACAAACUUUUGCAACAAUUCCUGCAAUGACGCUGCUGUAUUGGUUAUAACACGAGGGGUUGAUAACGAGUUAAUCCAAUAUAAUCAAAUAAUCAAAUAUGAAAGUAUAGAUAAUUCCUUUGCAUGGUUUGAUCAGAUUCAUCCUAAUCUAAUCCAGAACAACUAUAAUAAUGAAUUUAACAUCAAGUUCGAAACUUCAUCUGGUGAAAAUCAUCAGUUUAGAAAAGUACAUAGUAGAAAAAAUUCUUUGUUAAAUUCAGUAGCAGGGAAAACUCCGAAUAGUAACAAUACAUUUAAUUAUUCAUUAAGUCCAAAAAGCAGCACUAGGCUUGUGAAUACAGACGAGAAACCAAUUACUCCUUCGAAAAUAAAAAAUCUUUAUGGUAGGCCAGUUAACCUAACCGCAUUUUAG